AUGGCGACUCCGGCGCCGGAUUCAAUCUUCCUCGAAGACUUCGGCCAGACUGUCGACCUCACCCGCCGCAUCCGCGAGGUUCUACUCAAUUACCCCGAGGGAACAACCGUCCUUAAGGAACUCAUUCAGAACGCCGAUGACGCCGGUGCCACCACCGUUUCUCUUUGUCUCGACCUCCGCUCCCACGGCCGCGAUUCUCUGCUCUCCGAUUCCCUUUCGCAGUGGCAAGGACCCGCGCUUUUGGCCUACAACAAUGCUGUUUUCUCUGAAGAGGAUUUCGUUAGUAUCUCUAAAAUUGGCGGGAGUAGUAAGCAUGGGCAAGCUUCUAAAACCGGUCGCUUCGGGGUUGGCUUCAACUCAGUUUACCAUUUAACAGAUCUUCCUUCAUUUGUGAGUGGAAAAUACGUGGUAUUAUUUGAUCCUCAGGGUGUUUAUCUUCCAAGAGUUUCUGCAGCGAAUCCUGGGAAGCGGAUUGACUUCACCACUUCAUCUGCCCUCUCCUUUUACAAGGAUCAGUUUUUCCCUUUUUGUGCGUUUGGUUGUGAUAUGCAGAGACCUUUUGCUGGAACUUUGUUCCGUUUUCCUUUGAGGAAUGUAGAUCAGGCAGCCAAAAGUAAGCUUUCAAGGCAAGCAUAUUCACCAGAAGACAUCUCCUCCAUGUUUGUUCAGCUCUUUGAAGAAGGAAUUUUGACACUUCUCUUUCUAAAGAGUGUGCUAUGCAUUGAAAUGCACUCCUCAGAUUGUCCAAGUGUUCGAAUACCCCAACUGAAUUGGAUGCAUUCCCAUUGGAAUUUGAUUGGUUCUUUUGCUGCAACUGCAUCAAAAGAACAUGACAUUCACUUAAUGCCGUGGGCAUCAGUCGCAGCAUGCAUUUCUGAUAAUUCACCAAUUAACAAAGUUCUUAGGACUGGUCAGGCAUUCUGUUUUCUUCCACUACCUGUUAGAACUGGACUAAGCGUACAAGUCAAUGGUUUCUUUGAGGUAUCAUCAAAUCGUCGUGGCAUUUGGUAUGGGGAUGACAUGGAUAGAAGUGGAAAAGUUCGUUCUAUCUGGAACAGGCUUCUUCUAGAAGACGUUGUGGUUCCUGCUUUUGUGCAUAUGCUGCAUUGUGUAAAGGAGUUGUUAGGGCCAACAGACUUAUACUAUUCUUUAUGGCCUAUUGGUUCCUUUGAAGAGCCAUGGAGCAUUUUGGUUCAACAAAUAUACAAAAGCGUUUGUCACGCUCCAGUUAUCUAUUCAGAAUUGAAUGGAGGAAGAUGGGUAUCACCGAGCGAAGCCUUUCUUCAUGAUGAAAAAUUCACCAAAAGCAAGGACCUUGGUUUGGCUCUCAUGCAACUGGGAGUGCCAGUUGUGCAUUUGCCCGAUUCAUUGUUUGAUAUGCUUUUAAAAAAUAGUUCCAGCAAGGUGGUUACUCCUGGUACAGUACGUGAAGUUCUUAGGGAAUGUGAAACAUCUGAUUAUUUGAGCAGAUCAUUCAAACUUCUAUUAUUGGAAUAUUGCCUUGAGGACCUGGUUGAUGAUGAUGUUGGUAAAGAGGCUUACAAUCUGCCCUUGCUUCCUUUAGCAAAUGGCAGUUUUGCAUCAUUUCUGGAAGCAUCAAAAGGAAAUUCAUACUUCAUUUGUGAUGAAUUAGAGUACAAGCUGCUGCAGCCUGUUUCGGACAGAGUGAUUGAUCGUAGCAUUCCUUCCAACAUAUUGAGCAGACUCUCUGGUGUUGCAAUGUCUUCAAAUACCAAUCUUGCUCUUUUCAGUAUUCAAUAUUUUGUUCAGUUAUUUCCUGCAUUUAUGCCAGCUGACUGGAAAUAUAAAAGUAAAGUGUUCUGGAAUCCAGACUUGUGUCAAAAGCCAACAUUAUCAUGGUUUUUGCUAUUCUGGCAAUAUCUAGGAAAGCAUAAUGAAACAUUGCAACUAUUUAGUGAUUGGCCAAUUUUACCAUCCACGUCUGGAUUUCUUUUAAGACCUUCCAGACAAUUGAAAAUGAUACAUGGAAGCAAUCUCUCGGAUGUAGUACAGGACAUCCUUGUGAAAAUUGGAUGCAAUAUAUUGAAGUCAAGUUAUGUAGUUGAACAUCCGGAUUUAUUCAAUUAUGUAAGUGAUGGAAGUGCAGCAGGUGUCCUGCAAUCAAUUUUUAAUGUAUUUUCAAGUGCCGAUGUUAUGCAAAUUUCACUUGACAGUCUGAUAGCUGAAGAACGAAAUGAACUCCGCAAAUUUCUUCUUGAUCCUAAAUGGUAUGUUGGACACUCUAUGGAUGAAUUCAGCUCAAGUUUUUGCAAGAAAUUACCUAUAUAUCAAGUCUAUGGCAGGGAGUCUGUUCAUGAUUGCCGAUUCUCUGACUUAGAAAAUCCUCGGAAGUACUUACCACCAUCGGAUGUGCCAGAUUUUAUUCUGGUGGACAUUGAAUUCAUUGUCAGAUCCUCAAGUAUUGAAGAGGAGGAUAUCCUGUCUAGGUAUUAUGGAGUUGAGAGAAUGGGGAAAGCAGAGUUUUACAAGGAGCAUGUUUUUCAUAGAGUUGGGGAGUUGCAAGCCGAGGUUCGUGAUAGCAUAAUGUUGUCCGUUCUACAAAAUUUGCCACUUUUGUCUCUUGAGGAUGUAUCUAUCAGGGAGCUGUUGAGAAAUUUGAAAUUUAUCCCAACACUCACUGGGGCUCUUAAGUGUCCUUCAGUUUUAUAUGAUCCUAGUAAUGAGGAACUGUAUGCGUUACUAGAAGACUCAGAUAGUUUCCCUUGUGGUGCUUUCCGAGAAUAUGAUAUCCUUAAUAUUCUGCGUGGCCUGGGCCUUAGAACUUCAGUGUCUCCAGAAACUGUUCUAGAAAGUGCUCGAUGUAUCGCACAUCUGAUGCAUGAGGAUCAACAAAAGGCACAUUCAAAAGGGAAAGUACUUUUCUCUUACCUAGAAGUUAAUGCAUUGAAAUGGAUUCCUGAUCAAGUUGAUGGUAAUAAAGGAGGAGUUAACUGGAUGUUAUCACGAGCAGCAACUGCUUUUAGGUCUCGCAACACAAAAUCUGAUCUUGAAAAAUUCUGGAAUGACCUUCAAUUGAUUUCCUGGUGCCCAGUCUUAGCCUCCCCUCCACUUCACUCGUUACCGUGGCAGGUUGUUUCAUCAAUGGUUGCUCCUCCAAAACAUGUAAGGCCACCAAGUGAUUUAUGGUUAGUCUCAGCUAGCAUGCGGAUACUGGAUGGUGAAUGCUCUUCGACAGCUUUAUUGUAUAGCCUGGGAUGGAUGUCACCGCCAGGAGGAGGUGUAAUUGCUGCCCAAUUGCUAGAGCUUGGAAAAAAUAAUGAGAUUGUGACUGAUCAAGCUCUUAGGCAGGAAUUAGCCUUGGCAAUGCCAAGGAUAUACUCGAUACUGACAGGAAUGAUGGCUUCAGAUGAGAUUGAGAUUGUUAAGGUUGUUCUUGAAGGCUGUCGAUGGAUUUGGGUGGGAGACGGAUUUACAACCUCUGAUGAGGUUGUCCUUGAUGGUCCUCUUCAUUUGGCUCCAUAUAUACGAGUUAUACCAAUUGACUUGGCGGUUUUCAAAAAAUUGUUUCUAGAACUUGGCAUUCGUGAAUUCUUGCAACCUGCUGACUAUGCUAAUAUUCUCCAUAGGAUGGCAAAUAGGAAAGGCUCAUCUCCUCUUGACACACAGGAGAUUAGGGCUGUUACACUAAUAGUGCAUCAGCUAGCUGAAGUUUAUCAUCACGAACAAAAAGUUCAGCUCUAUCUUCCAGAUGUGUCAGGUAGACUAUUUCUUGCGGGUGACUUGGUUUAUAAUGAUGCCCCCUGGUUGCUUGGCUCCGAAGAUCUUGAUGGCUCGUUUGGAAAUGCAUCAACUGUGCGUUGGAAUGCAAAAAGCACAGUUCAAAAAUUUGUGCAUGGAAACAUUUCUAAUGAUGUGGCAGAGAAGUUGGGCGUCUGUUCUCUUCGCAGGAUGUUGCUGGCUGAGAGUGCAGAUUCAAUGAAUUUUGGUCUGUCUGGAGCUGCUGAGGCUUUUGGGCAGCACGAGGCAUUGACAACGAGGCUUAAACAUAUUCUUGAAAUGUAUGCUGAUGGACCUGGGACUCUGUUUGAGCUGGUACAGAAUGCAGAAGAUGCUGGAGCUUCUGAAGUAAUAUUUCUUUUGGAUAAAUCUCAAUAUGGGACUUCUUCCAUUCUCUCUCCUGAAAUGGCUGAUUGGCAAGGUCCUGCUUUGUACUGCUUUAAUGACUCAGUUUUUAGUCCACAAGAUCUUUAUGCAAUUUCUCGUAUUGGUCAAGAAAGUAAACUUGAGAAGGCUUUUGCAAUAGGAAGAUUUGGACUGGGAUUUAAUUGUGUCUAUCACUUUACAGACAUCCCUAUGUUUGUUUCUGGUGAAAAUAUAGUAAUGUUUGACCCUCAUGCCAGUAAUUUGCCUGGAAUAUCUCCUUCCCACCCUGGUUUACGAAUUAAGUUUGUGGGACGGCAGAUUUUGGAGCAAUUUCCAGAUCAAUUUUCUUCAAUGUUGCAUUUUGGCUGUGACUUGCAACAGUCCUUUCCUGGUACACUAUUCCGAUUCCCUCUUAGAACUGCAAGUGUUGCCUCCCGGAGUCAAAUUAAAAAGGAAGUUUAUACACCGGAAGAUGAAGGAACAGGAGAUGAAAUGCACCUACUGCACCGUAUACGCAGGACCUGUAUUGGUGAGGCUGAAAUUGAAUCUACUGAAGCCAAGGACGCGUUCAACUUUUUCAAGGAAAAUAGACGUGUUGGAAUGAAUAGAGUCCAGUUUCUGAAGAAACUAAGCCAAUCAAUUGGCCGAGAGUUGCCUUAUAAAUGCCAAAAAAUCCUGAUUACAGAACAAGGCAUAUCUGGUCACCAUUUGCACUAUUGGAUAAUCACAGAAUGUUUAGGCGGUGGGUAUGUUCGAAAGGGCACAUCUGAGGCAUCCAAUAGCAAUUGUUACAAUUUUGUUCCUUGGGCUUGUGUUGCUGCAUAUUUGAAUUCUGUUAAGCUUGAUGGGGACCUACUUGAUAGUGCAGAGGUGGAGGGUGAUUGUGUAGUUUCUCCUGACCUUUUUCAAAUUGCUAGUUUGCCUACACAUCCACUGGAAAAUUUUGAAGGUCGCGCAUUCUGUUUUUUACCUUUACCUAUCAAUACUGGUCUUCCUGCUCACGUAAAUGCAUACUUUGAACUAUCAUCAAAUCGCAGGGAUAUCUGGUUUGGUUCUGAUAUGACAGGGGAUGGAAGAAAGCGGUCAGACUGGAAUAUAUACCUCCUUGAAAAUGUUGUUGCUCCUGCCUAUGGUCGUUUGCUUGAGAAGGUAGCACUGGAAAUUGGCCCUUGCAAUUUAUUCUUCUCAUUAUGGCCGACAACAAUAAGCUUAGAACCUUGGGCAUCAGUAGUACGGAAACUAUAUCAAUUUGUAGCUGAAUUUGAUCUCCGUUUAUUAUAUACUGAAGCUAGAGGAGGUCAGUGGAUUUCAACCAAAUAUGCUAUAUUUCCCGACUUUACUUUCCCCAAAGCAGCCGAACUUAUAAAAGCGUUGUCUGGUGCUUCUCUACCUGUCAUUUCACUUCCACAGUCACUUUUAGAAAAGUUUAUGGAAAUAUGUCCAUCGUUGCAUUUUCUGAAACCUAAGCUAUUAAGGACUUUGUUAAUCAAAAGGAAGCGUGAGUUCAAGGACAGGGAUGCAAUGAUUUUGACGCUUGAAUAUUGCUUACAUGACUUGCAAGAAUCUAUGCAGUUUGAUACGCUCUUUGGCCUGCCGUUGUUGCCACUCGCAGAUGGUUCCUUUACAUUAGUUGAUAAGAAGGGGGUUGGAGAAAGAGUUUACAUUGCACGUGGCGAUGAAUAUGGCCUUCUCAAAGAUUCCCUUCCUCAUCAACUUGUAAUUAAUGCUAUUCCAGAAGAAGUUCAUCAAAAACUUCGUUACAUUGCCCAAACAGAUAGCACAAAUAUUUCUUUCUUGUCAUGCCAUUUGCUUGAGAAACUUCUAGUGAAAUUACUUCCUGUAGAGUGGCAACAUGCUUCACAAGUAAGUUGGACUCCUGGUAUUCAUGGCCAACCAAGUUUAGAAUGGUUGCAACUGCUAUGGAAUUAUCUGAAAGCAUAUUGUGAGGAUCUUUUAAUUUUUUCUAAGUGGCCUAUAUUGCCUGUUGGCAAUGAUUGCUUGAUGCAGUUAACACCAAAUUCAAAUGUGAUAAAAAAUGAUGGUUGGAGUGAGAAAAUGUCUUCUUUAUUGUUGAAGGUUGGAUGUUUAUUCUUAAGGCAGGACCUGCAACUAGAUCACCCUGAAUUGGAAUGCUUUGUCCAAUCACCUACAGCAAGAGGUGUAUUAAAUGUGUUUCUGGCUAUUGCUGGGGAGCCACAGAAGAUUGAAGGGAUUUUUACACAUGUAUCUGAAGGAGAGCUUCAUGAACUCCGGAGCUACAUCCUCCAGUCAAAAUGGUUUUCUGAAGAGCAAAUCGAUAGCACACAUAUUGAAAUCAUCAAACACCUUCCUAUAUUUGAGUCAUACCAAAACAGAAAACUUGUAAAUUUGAUUAAUCCUAUCAAAUGGCUUGGUCCUACUGGUGUUCGCGAAGUUCUUUUAAGGGAUAGCUUCAUAAGAAUUGAAUCAGAAAUGGAAGGGGUCAUUAUGAGAAGGUAUUUAGGGAUAAAGGAACCAACAAAAAUGGAAUUCUUCAAAGAUCACAUAUUCAAUCAUAUGUCAGAGUUCCUUUUGAACCAGGAAGUUGUGUCAUCCAUUCUGAAUGACGUUCAGGAUUUGAUCAAAGAGGAUAUCGCUCUCAAGUCUACACUUUCUGCUGUACCAUUUGUUCUGGCUGCCAAUGGAUCUUGGCAACAACCAUCUAGGCUUUAUGAUCCUCGGGUUCCUGAGCUUAAAAAGAUGCUGCAUACAGAUGCUUUUUUUCCCUCUGACAAAUUUUUAGAUCCAGAAAUUUUGGAUACUUUAGUUAGCCUUGGACUUAGGACCAGUAUGGGAUUUUCUGGUUUGCUUGAUUGUGCUAGAUCAGUCAGCUUGUUGCACGAUUCUGGGGACAAUGAAGCCUUCAAGAAUGGUAGAGAGUUAUUGGGGUUUUUAGAUACAUUAUCGCGUAAGCUCUCAAAUAAAGAAGAAAGUACGAAUGGUGAUGAGUGGAGUGGCAUGGCUGUGGGAAGUAGCAACAUAAUGGAUGAUGCUGUUCUAUGUGAUGGCUUUUGUGAAAAUGAGAGCUCCAUGAAUGAUAUUGAUUCAUUUAUUAGCAGCUCUAUUCUUGACAUGCCAGAAGAAGAAUUUUGGUCUGAAUUGAAGUUAAUCUCUUGGUGUCCAGUUAUUUCUGAUCCACCUGUUAGGGGACUUCCUUGGUUACAAUCCAGUAACCAAGUAGCAUCCCCCACAACUGUGAGGCCUAAAUCACAGAUGUGGAUGGUAUCUUCUUCAAUGCUUAUAUUAGACGGCAAAUGUGACAAUGCAUAUCUACAAACAAAACUUGGGUGGAUGGAUUGCCCAAAUGUAAAUGUUUUAUCAAAACAAUUAAUUGAGCUAUCUAAGUCCUAUACACAGCUGAAGACACAUUCAUUGCUGGAUUCUGAUUUUGAUGCUCACUUGCAAAAGGAAAUACCCUGCCUUUAUUCAAAAUUGCAAGAAUAUAUUAAUACUGAUGACUUCAUUGAACUGAAAGGAGGGUUAGAUGGUGUUUCUUGGAUCUGGAUUGGUGAUGAUUUUGUAUCUCCAAAUGCACUUGCAUUUGAUUCACCAGUAAAAUUUACUCCUUACCUAUAUGUGGUUCCAUCUGAACUUUCCGAGUAUAAAGAUUUGAUGAUAAAGUUAGGAGUCAAAUUGAGUUUUGGUAUUUCAGACUAUCUUCAUGUGCUGCAGAAGUUGCAGAAUGAUGUGCAUGGAGUUCCUCUUUCAAAAGAUCAGUUAAAUUUUGUUCGCUGUGUUCUUGAAGCUAUACAAGAAUGUUGCCCGGAGAAGUCACAUUUUGAUCCUUUUGACAGUCCCUUGUUGAUUCCUGAUGCUUUUGGAGUUCUGAUGUAUUCAGGAGAUCUUGUAUACAACGAUGCACCUUGGAUGGAAAACAAUUCUCUUGUUGGGAGACAUUUUGUGCAUCCAUGUAUCAGCAAUGAUUUGGCAGAAAGGCUGGGAGUACAGUCGGUUCGUUGCCUCUCUCUAGUCAGUGAAGAUAUGACUAAAAAUCUGCCGUGCAUGGAUUACAAUAAAAUAAAUGAACUUUUGGCUUUGUAUGGAAACAGUGAAUUUUUGUUGUUUGACCUUCUUGAGUUGGCAGAUUGCUGCAAAGCCAAGAAGUUACACCUAGUUUAUGAUAAGAGGGAACAUCCUCGCCAGUCUUUGCUUCAGCACAAUUUAGGUGAAUUCCAAGGGCCUGCUCUUGUAGCAAUUUUUGAAGGUGCUUGCUUGAGUCGAGAGGAAUUUAGUAGUCUCCAGCUCCUUCCUCCAUGGAGAUUACGUGGAAACACAGUUAAUUAUGGUUUGGGAUUGGUUUGUUGUUAUUCAGUAUGCGAGCUUCUCUCAGUUGUAUCUGGUGGCUACUUUUAUAUGUUUGAUCCUCGUGGCUUGGUACUUGCUGGAGUUUCAACUAAUGCCCCAUCAGCAAAGAUGUUUUCUUUGAUAGGUACUGAUCUGAAACAACGAUUUCAUGAUCAGUUUAGUCCAAUGCUUAUCGAUCAGAAUGACCUAUGGUCAUUAUCUGAUUCUACUAUUAUUCGGAUGCCUCUAUCCUCCGAUUGCUUGAAGGUUGGAUCUGACUUGGGGGCAAACCGAGUAAAGCAUAUCAUCGACAUAUUUAUGGAGCAUGGAUCUAGAGCACUCUUAUUUCUGAAGUCAGUAUUGGAGGUAUCAAUAUCAACAUGGGAGGAAGGACAAUCACAUCCAUGCCAGAAUUUUUCAAUUAGCAUUGAUCCAUCGUCUUCUAUUAUGAGGAAUCCAUUUUCAGAAAAGAAAUGGAGAAAGUUCCAAUUAUCAAGACUAUUUAGCAGCUCUAAUGCUGCAAUUAAGAUGCAUGUAAUAGACGUGAAUUUAUGUUCAGAAGGAACUGCAUUCAUUGAUCGAUGGCUUCUUGCACUCACCUUGGGUUCUGGGCAAACGAGAAAUAUGGCAUUAGAUAGACGAUAUCUUGCUUACAACUUGACUCCUGUUGCUGGAAUAGCAGCACUUAUAUCAAGAAAUGGCCAUCAUACAAAUAUAUACUCAACUAGCUCAAUUAUGACUCCUCUUCCUUUGUCUGGUCAUAUAAACUUACCUGUGACUGUCUUUGGUUGUUUCCUUGUGUGUCACAACAAAGGCCGCUGUCUCUUUAAAUACCAAGACAAGGGUGCUUCAGCCGAGGGGAACUUUGAUGCUGGAAAUCAGUUAAUUGAAUCAUGGAACAGAGAGCUCAUGUCCUGUGUAUGUGAUUCCUAUGUUGAAAUGGUUUUGGAAGUUCAAAAGCUGAGAAGGGAUGCUUCAAGUUCUAUAAUUGAUUCUAGUACCCGUCCAACCAGUCAAUCUCUGAAGGCUUCUGGAGAUCAAAUCUACUCCUUCUGGCCACGUUCUUCUGAGAGGGAAGUUCUAAAUGUUCAACUUGACGACCACAGUAACAUCCCUUCAAGUUCAACUACAGUUCUUAAAGCUGACUGGGAAUGCCUUAAAGAACGGCCUGGGAAUGGGAUAGUUGGUAGUUUACUUCCAGCAACAGUUUGCAGCUUUGUAAAGGAGCACUAUCCUGUAUUUUCUGUACCAUGGGAAUUAGUGACUGAAAUUCAAGCUGUGGGUUUUUCAGUGCGUGAAAUUAGACCAAAAAUGGUCCGGGAUCUCCUAAAAGUUUCAUCAAAAUCAAUCAAUCUUCGAUCAGUUGACAUGUAUAUAGAUGUUAUUGAAUACUGCUUAUCAGAUUUUCGGCAAACAGGGUCGUCUAGUUUUCCCAGAGAUAACUUUUCAGUUGAUCUAGCUAGUACUAAUGUUUUGUUUCCAGAAACUGCUGUCAGAAGCACUUCUUCUCAGCUGGAGUCUAAUACCCACAGCUCCACUGGCAUAGCCACUCAGGGUGCAGCCAGUUCUGCAGAUGCAUUGGAAAUGGUGACAAGUUUAGGAAAGGCUUUAUUCGAUUUUGGAAGGGGGGUUGUUGAUGAUAUUGGUAGAGCAGGAGCACCGUCAGCUUACAGGAAUCAUGUGACAGGGAUAGGUCAAACUAGGGACCUCCAGUUAAUGUCGUUUGCGGCGGAACUCAAAGGUUUACCAUGUCCAACUGCCACUGGCCAUUUAAAGAAAUUGGGUGUAACUGAACUAUGGAUUGGGAAUAAGGAACAGCAGUCAUUAAUGGUUCCCUUGGGAGAAAAAUUUGUUCAUCCUAAAGUGUUAGACCGACAACUCUUGAGUGACAUUUUUUCUAACACAUCCCUUCAAGCACUAUUGAAAUUGCAGAACUUCUCUCUUAAUCUGCUGGCUCAUCACAUGAAGCUAAUUUUCCACGAAGAUUGGGUGAACCAUGUAAUGGGAUCAAAUACGGCUCCGUGGCUUUCAUGGGAGAAACUGUCUGAUUCUGGCAGUCAAGGGGGUCCUUCCUCUGAUUGGGUUAGAAUUUUCUGGAAAAGUUUUAAGGGCUCUCAAGAAGAAUUAUCUCUUUUCUCUGAUUGGCCCCUAAUUCCUGCUUUUCUUGGUAGGCCAGUCUUAUGCCGUGUAAGAGAACAGCAUUUGGUCUUCAUUCCUCCUCCUUUGGAGCAUACAAUAUCCACUGCUAGGAUUAUAGAAAGAGAAUCAACUGAUGUGAGUGGUGCUGGUGUAUCUAGGGAUAAUAACUCUGAAUCUGAGUUAGCUGAGUCCUACAUUUCAGCUUUUGAAAGACUCCAAACUAGUUAUCCUUGGUUAUUGCCAAUGUUAAACCAGUGUAACAUACCCAUAUUUGAUGAGGCAUUUUUAGAUUGCGCUGCUUCGAGCAAUUGUUUUCCUAUUCCUGGGAGAUCACUAGGACUGGCUAUUGCAUCCAAACUUGUAGCAGUAAAGCAAGCUGGAUAUUUCACUGAACCUACUAACUUCUCAGCUUCAAACUGUGAUGCACUUUUUUCACUUUUUUCAGAUGAAUUCUUUUCCAAUGGCUUCCGUUAUGCACAGGAAGAAAUUGAAGUUUUGCGUUCUCUUCCUAUAUACAAAACAGUUGUUGGUUCUCAUACUAAGUUACAAGGUCAAGAUCAGUGUAUGAUCCCUUCAAAUUCAUUUUUUAAACCAUACGACGAGCAUUGUCUUUCUUAUGCCACUGAUUCGAAUGAAAGUUCAUUUGUUCGAGCCCUUGGGGUACUGGAGUUGCAUGAUCAACAGAUCUUAGUACGGUUUGGCUUGCCCCACUUUGAAAGGAAGCUUCAGAAUAUGCAAGAGGAAAUAUUAGUUUAUGUUUUUAAAAAUUGGCAUGAUCUUCAAUCAGAUCAAUCUGUUGUUGAAGCUUUGAAAGAGACUAAAUUUGUUAGAAGUUCUGAUGAAUUUUCAACAGAUCUGUUGAAGCCCAUGGAACUAUUUGAUCCUGGUGAUGCUUUAUUGAUAUCUAUUUUCUUUGGUGAAAGAAAAAAGUUUCCUGGGGAAAGGUUUAGCACUGAAGGUUGGAUUCGAAUAUUAAGGAAACUUGGGCUUCGAACUGCUAGUGAUGUAGAUGUAAUUAUGGAAUGUGCCAAAAGAGUUGAGUUUCUUGGAAUUGAGUGCAUGAAAUCAGGUGAUUUGGAUGAUUUUGGGGCAGACACAACCAACUCUCGUCCUGAAGUUUCACCAGAAGUAUGGGCAUUGGGAGGAUCUGUAGUUGAAUUUGUUUUCUCUAACUUUGCUCUCUUUUUUAGCAACAACUUCUGUGAUCUUCUUGGCAAGAUUGCAUGUGUACCUGCUGAACUGGGGUUUCCAAGUGUUGGUUGCAAGAGGGUGCUUGCUUCAUAUAGUGAAGCUAUUUUAUCUAAAGAUUGGCCUCUGGCUUGGAGUUGUGCUCCCAUUCUAUGCAGACAAUAUGUUAUGCCUCCAGAGUACUCUUGGGGAGCUCUCCAUCUUCGCAGCCCUCCAGCUUUUUCCACAGUUUUGAAGCACUUGCAAGUGAUUGGAAAAAAUGGAGGUGAAGAUACUCUUGCUCAUUGGCCCAUUGUUUCAGGAUUGGACAUUGAAAAAUGUACCUGUGAGAUUCUAAAGUAUUUGGACAAAAUCUGGGGUUCCCUUUCUCCGUCAGAUGUUGCAGAGCUAAGGGGGGUGGCCUUUCUGCCUGCGGCAAAUGGAACACGCUUAGUGACCGCUGAUGCUCUUUUUGCUCGUUUGAUGAUUAAUUUGUCUCCAUUUGCUUUUGAACUUCCGGCUGUAUAUCUCCCAUUUGCAAAGAUUCUUAAAGAUUUAGGACUCCAAGAUAUGCUAACACUGUCCGCUGCAAAAGAUCUUCUCUUAAAUCUUCAGAAAGCUUGUGGGUAUCAGCAUUUAAAUCCCAAUGAGCUCCGUGCUGUGAUGGAAAUUUUGAAUUUUAUUUGCGACCAAAUUGGUGAGGGGAACCCAUUUAAUGGUUAUGAUUGGAAAUCAGAAGUCAUAGUACCUGACGAUGGCUGCAGACUUGUUCAUUCCACAUCCUGUGUCUAUGUUGAUUCUGAUGGCUCUCGAUAUGUCAAGUGUAUUAAUACUUCUAGGAUUAGAUUUGUCCACGCAGAUCUUCCUGAGAGAGUAUGUCUUGUCCUGGGCAUUAAAAAAUUGUCUGAUGUCGUCAUCGAGGAACUAGAUGAGAAUCAGAUACUUCAGACUUUGCGAUCUGUGGGGUCUGUUUCACUAGUGACCAUCAAACAGAAGUUGUCAAGCAAAUCUCUUCAAAGUGCUGUAUGGACUGUUGUUAAUAGUAUGGGGAGUUACAUUCCUGCAUUGAAUAGAUUCCCAUUGGAAGAAAUAGAAAGCAUAUUGAACUCUAUUGCAGAAAAGCUGCAAUUUGUUAAGUACCUUAAAACAAGGUUUUUGCUCUUGCCGAAUUUAGUAGAUGUUACAUGUGCAUCCAAAGAUUUCAUUAUCCCAGAGUGGAAUAAUGAAUCUGCACAUCAAACUCUCUAUUAUAUGAACCAAACAAGAUCAUGUAUUCUAAUUGCUGAACCACCAUCAUAUAUUUCCCUUUUCGAUCUCAUUUCUAUAAUUGUCAGCCAGGUAUUAGGCUCUCCUAUCAUAUUGCCUAUUGGAUCCUUAUUUGACUGUCCAGAAGGAUUUGAGAAUGCAGUUGUUAAUGUUUUAAAACUUUGCUCGGACAAGAAAGAAAUUGAAUCUGUGAAUGGAAGUAGCAAUAUGGUGGGCAAAGAUCUAUUGCCACAAGAUGCUCGUCUUGUGCAGUUCCAUCCAUUGAGGCCCUUUUAUUCUGGGGAAAUAGUUGCAUGGCGAUCUCAACAUGGAGAAAAACUGAAAUAUGGCAGGGUUUCUGAGGAUGUCAGACCACCAGCAGGUCAAGCAGCUCUGUAUAGAUUUAAAAUUGAAGUUGCACCAGGGGUUACAGAAGCUUUCCUUUCAUCACAAGUAUUUUCAUUUAAAAGUGUAUCAGCAAGCAGUCCCCUGAAAGAAACAUCGAUGCAUGAUAGCCCCGUAUUAGCAAGUAACAGCUCCCGCGUUGAUUUCCCAGAGAGUUCAGGAAGGAGAGAACUCAACUCUCAGGUGCCAUCUUUGAGAGAGCAGUCUGGCAAAGUUUCAGCUGCGGAACUGGUGCACGCUGUAAAUGAAAUUCUUUCUGCUGCUGGGAUCAAUAUGGAUGCUGAGAAGCAGGCUCUACUCCAAAAAACAGUAGAUUUGCAAGAAAAUCUGAAAGAAUCACAGGCAGCACUACUGUUGGAGCAGGAAAAGGUUGAACGAUCAACAAAAGAGGCUGAUACAGCAAAAGCAGCAUGGACUUGUCGGGUUUGUCUGAGCUAUGAGGUUGAUAUAACAUUAGUUCCUUGUGGUCAUGUGUUGUGUCGGAAAUGCUCUUCUGCAGUAUCAAAGUGUCCCUUUUGUCGGCUUCAAGUUACAAGAGCUAUCAGAAUUUUUCGUCCAUAG